UGUCAACUGAUUAAUAAUUGUUUGUAUUAAUUAUUACACCAUUUGCUUUCAGUACAGUAAUAGCAUCAUUAACAACCUAUCGCUCAGUUAAACAAAGAAAAAAUUUAUAACCUCCAUUACUAAAAUGUUUCGAUUGACUGUACUUUUAUAUUUUUUAGUUUACGUUUAUUUGGGAACUUUGACUACUUUUGGGGUUGCAGGCAACAAAGAAAAACUAGUAACUGUAAAAGAUAAAUUCAAACUACCCUCUGAUGAUUUGAUGCCGUUUGUGGGAUUUGGUACCUACAAAGUUAAAGGAGACGAUCUAAUUUUUAAACUUCUUGAUUAUGCUUUGGCGGCAGGAUAUCGACUUAUAGAUACUGCGCAAUACUAUGAAAAUGAAGAAUCCAUUGGACAAGCGCUAAAAGUUCUUUUGCCCAAAUAUAAUUUAACAAGGAAAGACAUAUUUAUUACUACCAAAUUAUUAUCUACCAAACUUGGUGAAGCCGAUGUUUAUCAAAGUAUAGAAAAAUCCGUCAAAAACCUUGGCUACGACUACGUGGAUUUAUUUUUAAUCCAUUUUCCGGGCUUACCUUCUCGCGAUAACACGACAAAUCCUAAGAACGAUUCGGUUCUGAGGGACGAAACUUGGCAAGUUAUGGUACGUGCCGUGAAAGACGGUUUAGUUAGAAAUAUUGGAGUUUCGAAUUACCUUGUACAUCAUUUAAAGGAGCUGCUUGAGAACGAUCACGGUAUUAAACCUGGUGUCAAUCAACUUGAAUGGCAUCCUGGUUACCAUCCAGCAGGUCUGUUAGAAUUGUGUAAGCAAGAAGGAAUUUUGUUGCAAGCGUAUGGUUCUCUAGGAGGUACAGGAAGAGCGAAUGUAUUAUUAAAACGUCCAGAGGUUGUUAAAAUUGCUGAAAAACUUAAGAAAACACCUGCUCAGAUUCUUCUGCGAUGGGCAUUACAACAAAAAAUUGGAAUAAUACCUAAAGCCAGCUCGGAAGAUCGGAUUAAACAGAACAUGGAUCUAGAUUUUAUUAUUCCAGAAGAAGAUAUGAGGGCUUUACUUAGUUUUGAGCAAAAGCAUAAUAGCUGGAAUUCCGGAAAUAUUCAAUAAGAUAAUGUGGGGUUGAGGUUACUGUAAACGAAGAAAGUGCGUAAAACAGAAGAAAAUUAUUGUAUUUUUUUCUAUUAGAUUUAUUUAUUAAAUAAAUUUUGAUUCUGAAAAUG